CCAAGGGCAACUGAUGGGACUACGUAUAACGUACAUGAUGACUGCGGCCUGCUUAUGCACUUGUGAUUCAUUUUACACGUUGUUUCUCGUUUUGAAUUUCACCGUGACACUCCAUCGAACCACUCCUGGACUCUUCACAAUAGUAUUAACGAUGAGCAGAGUGUCUGACACGCAAGCCGGUCUGCAAGGGCUAUUGAACGUCACAGCAGAUUCGUUGGCCGAGUACUGCGGGUUGACCGGCGAUCAACAGGAAAAUCCAGUGUUUCUCGACCGACAGCUUGGUUUACUCCAAAGGAAUCCAUCCCAAAGCGCGAUCAAUUCUGAAUUUUGCGCCAAGUAUCUCCCGGCCCUCGUGGACGCCUACAAUGCGCAAGAUACGGCAUUCAGCGUACCCAUGAGAAUGCUCAAUGUUGUUGCUUACCUGCCUUACUUUGCUAGGUUUCUAUUAACCACGGCCAAAACGUCGAUUUGUAACACUCAAGCGCGUCGCAUGGCCACUGCAUCUUCAGCUCCAGCAGACACUACGUACCUCGUAGAAAUGUGUCAAUUUCUCUCGACCCUCUUAGCCCUGCAAGGCACGAAUUCCGUCAGCGAGGAAGAUAAGCAAGCGCUUCUCCCCAAACUGCGUGAAUGGAAUAGGAAGUACCAGAGGCAACAGAUCACGCGCUGCCUUAAGCAGCUGGAGGGCGAUCCGGAGACAACGCUCAUAGCAGAUGGCCUGAAAAAACACUGUGAAAGGUCCCUCAAUGAAUGUGGCUUUGACGGCUGUGGAAAGUCCGGAACCUCGAAGCUCUUGCAAUGCUCUCGGUGCAAAACGGCUGUUUAUUGCGACCGUGAUCAUCAGAAGAAAUCUUGGCCGUUUCAUAAGGCAACGUGUUUCCCAGCGGCCUUUUGAGAAACAUGUGGAAAUCAGAUUAUGGGUUAGGACUUGGCACAGCCAAGAGAUAUCUCUGUAGCAGUGUAGCAUAUUCACAACCCUUUAUUUCGUCAGGUGACAGGAAGUAACUUUUCAAAACACAUUGAAUAA